AUGAACUUUGCUAGAGAUUCCUUGAUCCUUAAUGUUGGGGGUGCCAGGUAUUAUUUCCCACAAGAUGUUAUUAAGGAUUUUCCUUUGAGGAGAGUGAGCAGAUUACACGAUUGCUCAUCAGAAAAGGAUGUUUUAGAGGUAUGUGAUGACUAUGAUCAGGAAAGAAAUGAAUAUUUCUUUGACAGACACUCAGAAGCUUUUGGUUUUAUUAUGAUGUAUGUGAAGUAUGGCAAACUCAGGUUUGUUCCCCAGAUGUGUGAGCUCUCAUUUUAUAAUGAGAUGAUCUAUUGGGGUCUGGAGUGCACACACCUGGAAUACUGCUGUCAGAGGAGACUUGAUGACCGUAUGUCAGAUACUUACACAUAUUUGUCUGAUGAGAGCAAACCAGAUGAGAGCACCAACACCAGUGAUCAGCAGGUCACAGAAAGCAAAAAGUGGCUGGAGCGUAUGAGAUUGACUUUUGAGGAACCAACUUCUUCUUUGGCAGCUCAGAUUCUAGCAGUGGUGUCCAUUCUUUUUGUGAUUGUGUCCAUGGUAGUCCUGUGUGCCAGCACAUUGCCAGACUGGAAGACAGCAGAGAACAGGAGCGUGGAGGAGCACAGGUAUACUGCAAGCCUAUGGGAACCCUCGGGAAUAAUUGAAGCUAUCUGCAUAGGCUGGUUCACUGCAGAGUGCAUUGUGAGAUUUAUCGUCUCCAAGAAUAAAUGCGAAUUUGUAAAAAGGCCUUUGAACAUCAUUGACUUGUUGGCCAUUUCUCCUUACUACGUUUCGGUUUUCAUGACAAUCGUCACAGGAGAAAAUCCUCAACUACAAAGAGCUGGAGUCACUUUGAGGGUUCUGAGGAUGAUGCGAAUAUUCUGGGUAAUAAAACUUGCCAGACAUUUUAUCGGCCUACAAACACUUGGUUUAACAUUAAAACGUUGUUAUAGAGAAAUGGUCAUGUUGCUGGUUUUUAUCUGUGUUGCCAUGGCAAUCUUUGGAGCACUUUCCCAGCUUCUUGAACAUGGUUUGGACCUUGAAACGAAAAAUGAGGAUUAUUCUAGUAUUCCUGCAGCCUGCUGGUGGGUGAUUAUUUCAAUGACAACUGUGGGAUAUGGUGACAUGUAUCCCAUCUCAGUUCCAGGAAGAAUACUCGGAGGAGUAUGUGUGGUUAGUGGAAUUGUUCUACUGGCCUUGCCUAUAACAUUUAUCUACCACAGCUUUGUACAGUGUUAUCACGAGCUUAAGUAUAAAUCUGCAAGGUAUGGCAGAAGCUUGUCAAAUGAAUUCCUUAAUUAG